UAAAAACCUCAGCUCGUCUUCGUUCUUCUUUUUCUUCCUUGCGACUGUACGAUCUCCUGAUCUCCUUCACCGCCUACUCUCUUAAAUCUUAACCCUUCGUCCGUAACUGCUUCUCUUGUCAGUUUCUAUAGCAACAUUAUCUCAAAUAGUUCUAUUGAUAAAUUUUAUAUCAAAAACCUUAAAAAGUUUCAUUGGUUUACAAAUUUUACCUUUUUUCGUUUGUGUGUUGCGUGUGUUACUAAAUCACUGAAGAGGGUAAAGAGAAAAACAAAACAAAAAGUUCUUAGCUUUGGAUGAAUCUGGAAGUGAUCCAAAACACUGGCUUAUUCCACUCCUCUUCUCUAGGGUUUCUCUCUAAUUCUGAACUUGCUUUCUCUGAAUCUCAUUAUUUCGGUGGAGUAAAUUUGGGGUUAGCUCACAUUUUAUGGUCUGAGUUGUUUUAUGUCUCUGUAAAAGAUUCGAACUUGUUUUUGGAAUUUAGAUUGUGUGGGGUUUUGUUCCUAAAGUUUUCACCUUUAUGGAUUUUUUCAUGUUCUGUAUAUAAUUAGCAGGGGUUUCACUUAGAUUCCAACUUGAAUCACUUCAAAGAUCACAAAGCUUCAAUUUUUAACAAAAUUUGGUUGCUUCUUUGUGUGAUUAACAGGUUGAAUUGUUAGUUAAUAGAUGGCGACACUUCAGGAUAUUGGUGUAUCAGCUGGGAUAAACAUUCUCAGUGCCUUUGUUUUCUUCAUAAUCUUUGCGGUUUUGAGGCUUCAGCCUUUCAAUGAUAGAGUUUACUUCUCAAAAUGGUAUCUCAAGGGGUUAAGAAGCAGCCCUGCUCGUGGUGGCGCCUUUGCGCAGAGGUUUGUGAACCUGGACUUCAGGUCUUAUAUGAAGUUCUUGAAUUGGAUGCCAGAGGCUCUGAAGAUGCCUGAGCCUGAGCUUAUUGAUCAUGCUGGUUUGGAUUCAGUUGUUUAUCUCCGGAUUUACUGGCUGGGGCUUAAGAUCUUUACUCCAAUAGCAGUGCUUGCUUGGGCAGUUCUUGUGCCAGUCAACUGGACUAAUAACACAUUGGAGAUGGCUAAGCAGUUAAGGAAUGUAACUUCGAGCGACAUUGACAAACUCUCUGUUUCAAAUAUUCCAGAGUAUUCAAUGAGGUUUUGGACUCAUAUAGUAAUGGCUUAUGCCUUUACCAUCUGGACUUGUUAUGUGCUGAUGAAAGAAUAUGAGACAAUUGCUAACAUGAGGCUCCAGUUUGUUGCAUCAGAAGCUCGUCGACCUGACCAGUUCACUGUCCUUGUUAGGAAUGUACCUCCGGACGCAGAUGAAUCUGUAAGUGAACUGGUAGAGCAUUUUUUCCUGGUCAAUCAUCCUGAUCACUACCUAACACAUCAGGUUGUAUGCAAUGCAAACAAGCUGGCCGAUUUGGUGAAAAAGAAGAAAAAGCUGCAGAAUUGGCUUGAUUACUACCAGCUCAAAUACGCUAGGAAUAACUCUCAGAGAAUUAUGGUGAAGCUUGGCUUUCUUGGGCUAUGGGGACAAAAAGUCGAUGCCAUUGAACAUUACAUUGCUGAAAUUGACAAAAUAUCAAAAGAGAUCAGUAAAGAAAGAGAGGAAGUGGUGAAUGAUCCUAAGGCCAUUAUGCCAGCAGCGUUUGUCUCCUUUAAAACACGAUGGGCUGCUGCGGUUUGUGCUCAGACUCAACAGACCCGAAACCCAACCCAAUGGCUGACCGAAUGGGCUCCAGAACCGCGUGAUGUGUUUUGGUCAAAUCUUGCUAUUCCAUAUGUUUCUCUGACAGUAAGGAGGUUGAUCAUGCAUGUUGCCUUCUUCUUCCUAACCUUCUUCUUCAUUGUCCCCAUCGCGUUUGUUCAAUCUCUUGCUACCAUUGAAGGGAUUGUGAAAGCUGCUCCGUUCUUGAAGUUUAUUGUAGAUGAUAAAUUCAUGAAAUCGGUGAUACAAGGUUUCCUUCCGGGUAUUGCACUGAAGCUUUUCCUCGCCUUUCUGCCAUCCAUUUUGAUGAUCAUGUCCAAAUUUGAAGGCUUCACAUCGAUCUCAUCUUUAGAGAGACGAGCAGCGUUUCGAUAUUACAUCUUCAACUUAGUGAACGUCUUUCUUGCUAGCGUUAUCGCUGGAGCUGCGUUUGAACAGCUUAACUCUUUCCUCAAUCAAUCCGCAAACCAAAUCCCCAAAACCAUUGGUGUGGCGAUACCGAUGAAAGCAACUUUCUUCAUCACGUAUAUAAUGGUUGAUGGUUGGGCAGGAGUUGCAGGAGAGAUUCUAAUGCUGAAACCAUUGAUUAUGUUCCAUCUCAAAAACGCCUUCUUGGUUAAGACUGAUAAAGACAGAGAGGAAGCAAUGGACCCGGGAAGCAUUGGUUUUAACACGGGUGAGCCUCGGAUACAGCUCUACUUUCUUCUCGGUCUUGUCUACGCUCCUGUGACACCGAUGCUUCUUCCUUUUAUCUUGGUCUUCUUCGCCCUUGCUUACAUUGUAUAUCGCCACCAAAUCAUUAACGUAUACAAUCAAGAAUACGAGAGUGCUGCAGCGUUUUGGCCAGACGUUCAUGGACGAGUCAUAGCAGCAUUGGUAAUAUCACAGUUGCUUCUGAUGGGUCUAUUGGGAACAAAGCACGCUGCAUUAGCUGCACCGUUUCUCAUUGCUUUGCCUGUGCUUACCAUUGGUUUCCACCACUUCUGCAAAGGUCGUUAUGAGCCAGCUUUCAUCAGAUACCCUUUACAGGAAGCUAUGAUGAAAGAUACAUUAGAAACCGCAAGAGAACCAAACCUGAACCUUAAAGGCUACUUGCAAAAUGCUUACGUUCAUCCGGUUUUCAAAGGCGAUGAAGACGAUUAUGACAUUGAUGACAAGCUCGGGAAGUUUGAGGAUGAAGCCAUUAUUGUUCCCACCAAACGUCAGUCGAGGAGAAAUACUCCGGCUCCUAGCAUAAUCAGUGGGGACGAUUCGCCGUCUUUGCCCUUUAGUGGUAAACUAGUCUAAGAGAAGCUUCACUCAUGGUCAAAAGAAAGUAUAUAUACAUAUGCUACUUUCAAUGUAUACAGAGAGUAAGAGAAGCUACCAAAGUGAGAAAAUUUGACUAAGAUUUGUUGAUGUUGAUAUUUUAUAAGGUUUCUGGGUUGUGAAUGGUGAAUCCUAAAUUUCGGGGUCGUUUUAUAAGAAAUUGAUUUUAUUGUGGUUUUAAUCAUAAUUUUAGCUCAGUUGUCCUAACUCUAUGGUUCAAAUGUAUGAUUCAAAUUUGGUUUAGAUUUUUGGUUCGGUUAGUUAAUUUGGAUUUCAUUUGGAAACUGUGCUCCUAAGGCACCUAUAUCUUUUAUCUUUUCAGCAAUUAAAUAGCAAAGCCUAAUUAAG